AUGGCAAGCCCACAUCCUCCUUACUCACAUCCGGGGCCAGGCGGACCUUCGUCGUAUUACCAACCUUCACCCCCGCCCUCCCACCACGUCUACGGCUCCCACAGUCCAGGUCCAGGCCCCAACUAUCAAUACCAGUACCCUCCUCCACCCCCAACCCACAUGGGGCCUCAUCAUCCCGGUGGAUACCCGCAACCGGCUCCUUCUCGCUCGACAGCACGCGGGGGCUCGUAUUCAAGGGCAGUCCAUAACUACCACGGGUAUCACCAACAACCACACCAUCAAUCCUACUCGAAUCCGCACCCUAUUCAUGCACCCCAUCCGCAACCUCCUCCCCCACAACACGGCCCUUACUCGCCACAUCCAACAAAAUACAAUCAGCCGUAUCCACCCUCGUACGCUUACCCACACCCACCACCUCAAGCCACGUAUUCUCCCUCGUGGCAAUCGUCCCAGCCUCUGUCGCCUCUUCCAAAACAAUUGACCAUGCCUCCUCCCCAAAAUGUUCUAUCUGGGUAUAGCGAGCCGCCCCCGGCUCAACAAUCUGAACCUGUAGCUGCUAUUGAGACGCCAGCUGUCAAAACCCCGAAAUCAGCUGAAAUUUCAAUAGAACCCAUUCCUGCUGUUGAGCCAGAAGAACACGGUAAACCACCACCUGCACCUUCCUCUCCUCCUCCUCCUUCCUCUUCGCCUGUCUUACCUCAAUCUUCCUCUUAUUCCCAUGUGGGAACUAUCAACACUUUUGACCCACUUACCUCCGCAGCUCCCCCGCAUCCGCCAACCGAAUCACCUUCAAACCAACCCUCAUCUCCCCCUCCCGCCUCUGUGACAUCUAUGGCGCCCUGGGCCAUCUGGUCGCGCAGACCUCAGGACCCUUCACUCGCACCUAGCAUCAUCAUAUCUCCCCGUGCACGUCCCCCACCUGAGAUUGUAGAACGAGCGCUCAACCUGAGAACACCUCCGCCUUCUCCGCCAGUUUCCCCCUUGGCUACUACUAAAAAAGUUCUUCCACCAGCAGUUUCUACUGUUGAAGAAGAAGAGGCGGAAAAAGAGUCUUUACCAGAACAAAGUGUGGAUGAGGAACCUGUAUCGACGGCUGCUUGGUCCUCUGAGACGAAUUCGACUGUUCCCUCUUAUGCCGCUACGGAGACGACGUAUACGCCUACCGUACCUGGCUCUCCUUCUACCACCAACACUUCCGUUUCUGUGGCAGGUACACCAGCCAAAGAAGCUGGAGCGAAGUUGGCUCCUGAAACUGCCAACGGUGUCGUUGAAGAACCUGAUUCGAAGGCACCAGCUGCCCUUGAUGCCCCUUUGUUGGUUGAAGAGGCCGCCCCAAGUCAGGCUACACCAGAACCAGCGCCUGCUGCAGCUACACCAGCAAUCCCACCUCCCAAAAAAUCAUGGGCGUCCCUCCUCCGUCCAGCAUCCUCCACAUCCACACCAACACACACCAAAAACGCGCUACCCACCUCCUCCGUCGUCGGUUUCUCCAUCCCCGCCGAGGCUUCAUCAUCACCAGCAGGCACCUCAUCAACCGCACCUCCAAGCACCAUCACAACUCAACAACAGCCCGUCCUCAAAUCCGAAUUGGUAGCACUCUUGACACACAACCCAACGAGCACACUGAGCAGUGCGCGUAUCCGCUCCCGAGGGCUCGUGAACAGCGGGAACAUGUGUUUUGCGAAUUCGGUGCUGCAGAUCCUUGUGUAUUGUGCGCCGUUUUAUCAGUUGUUUGGUGAGCUUGGGAGGGUUAUGCCUGAGCCUGUUGUUGGGAAGGAGAGUCAGAGUCAGAAGGAGCAGCCGUUGGUGGCUGCGACUGUGGCGUUUUUGAAGGAGUUUAAGGGGAAGGAUGUUGUUGGGGCAGGUGGUGCGAGGAAUGGGAGCGUUGGGAGGAAGGGGAAGGAGAGGGAGGAGAGGGAGCAGUUGGAUGAUUGGGAUGGUGAUUCGUUUUUGCCGAGUUAUGUUUAUGAUGCGAUGAAGGAGAAGAAGAGGUUUGAUAAUAUGCGGGGCGGACAUCAGGAAGACGCGGAAGAGUUCCUUGGGUUUUAUUUGGAUACCCUGGAAGAAGAGUUGCUUUCGAUAUUGCAUUCUGUUAGCCCGUCACGGCAAAAAGCUGCGCCUGCUCCUGUGGAGGAGAAGGAAGAAGCUGCGCCUCCUGAGCAGGAUGGGUGGUUGGAGGUCGGGAAGAGGAACAGGACGGUUGUUACGAGGACGAUAAAAGCUACGGAAUCACCGAUAACGCGGAUAUUUGGUGGAAAGUUCAGGUCGACGUUACGUGCCCCACGACAAAAGGAUUCUGUCAUUGUAGAGGACUGGCGGUCCCUACGGCUUGAUAUCCAACGUGAACAAAUUCAUACAAUCCAAGACGCGCUCUCCUAUAUUUCACAUCCCCAACCCGUUCAAGUGACGCACCCGUCGCAGCCUGGCAUCACCAUCGACGCAACGCAACAAGUCCUCAUUGAUGCGCUCCCACCGAUUUUGAUAUUGCAUAUUAAGCGGUUCUGUUAUGAUACGACUGUUGGUGGGGUGGUCAAGGUCGGCAAACAAGUGCUUUUUGGGCCAGAGUUGGAAAUCGGGCCUGAUUUGAUGUCGACGACGGUACGGAAAUCGCAUCCUACGAAGUAUAAGCUCUUUGGGGCCCUCUACCACCACGGCCACUCCGCGUCAGGGGGGCACUAUACCCUGGACGUCCUCCACCCCAACCGAUACCCUGGCGCCACCAAGUCGCGAGAGGGGUGGGUGCGCAUUGACGAUGAGUUGGUGUCGGAUGUGAGGUAUGAGGAUGUGUUUGGGGUUUCGGAGAGGGAUGAUUCGCGGUGUGCGUAUUUGUUGUUUUAUAGACGGAUUUGA